UUCUUGCUUUCCAAAAAGAAACCGAUAGGUUGAUAUCAGCCGUCACGUGAAACACGCGUCAUCAUUAGCGCUGUCAUCAGCUGUCAUUGCUGACUGCUGUCAUUAGCGCUGCCAAACGCUGCCGCGUUGUGUAUUGAUUUAAAUAAUUGAAUUGAAACAACGAGUUGAUCAUGGAGUCGCAGCCGCUGAAAACGCCCGAAAAACCGCCACCGCCGUACUCCGUCGCAGCGGCUCCAGCAGCGAAUACGCACUGGCAACCACCUCCCGGAUACUAUCCUAAUAACAUCAACCCUGGAUAUCAAGAAAGCCAUGUUCCAUCGUACGGUGCUACACAUUCCACCGCGAUUCUUGUUCCAGAAAUUAUCAUAGUCGGCGGCUGUCCAGCGUGCAGAGUAGGUGUAAUGGAGGAUGAUUUCACGUGCCUUGGCCUGCUUUGUGCGAUUUUCUUCUUUCCUAUUGGGAUACUCUGCUGUCUGCUGUUGAGGACAAAACGCUGUUCUAAUUGCGGAGCCUAUUUUGAUUAAUUAAAAGUAAGAAUUUCCUACGUUUGUAUACAAAGAGUAAUAUCGUGUCAGAUAGACUUAAAGUGGGUAGAAAUGUUUUAUCAUCAAUGUUAAGAAUGAUGAGGAUCUGACAUUUAAUUAGAAUAAUAUAUUUUUAUAGCUAAAUAAAUUAGUUUAUAUUGAUUAUUACAAUUUGAAAUAAAAAAGAAAGUUACAAAGUUUUAAUUGUAACAAUAAUUAGUUGAGAAAUAGGGAUUAUAUUUUUAUGUAAACUAAGUUUUGUUAAUGCCUAGUUGCAGGCGUGUCUUAUUAAAUAAUCUCUCAUUUACUUUGCAUAACUAAUUUUGACCGAUCGUUAAUUUGUUCCUAAGGGCUCGUGGACAAUGAGAGAAACAAGGAAUUAAACAUAGAGAUAAUUCCGUGUCUUGAAAAAAUAUGCGACUAUAAAUUAUCUCUAUGUUUAAUUCCUUGGUCCUUAUUCCUCUCAUUGUGCGUGAGCCCUAAGACAGCAAUACAAUUUUAUCUUGUUAAAUUGAGAAAUGUUGAAUUAGAAUAAUAUAGCCAAAGCUGUAACAAUAUGUAUGUAUAUAGAUAGUACAUCUCUGUUGAAUAAAUUCUAAACGAUGUAUUUUGAUAAAUGAGUAAGCGUAAUUUUUUAAAAUCAUCACUUAUUACUUUAUAAGACAAGAUAUAAUACUAAAAAUAUUAUUUGACA